AGCGGUGGGACAACAACGGCGGCGCCAACUGGAGUGUUGCUGUGGAGGUGGCGGCGAGGGAGGGGCUGGUGGAGGCGCCCAGUCCCGCAGGGGCGGCCACACGGGCGCUGACCAGCAGUCUGCUGCUCCGGCUGGAGGCGCUGGUGUCGCGGCGGCUGCUGCCGCCCGAGCAGGGGGCGCUGCUGCGCAUGAUGGCCUGGCAGCACGACAUGGGGCUCAUCAACACGUUCCAGUCUGUACGGCAUCUGGAGGACACGGAGGUGGCUGGCGCCCUGGCUGGCCGCUGCUCCUGGCUGCGGCCUCCGCAGCUCAAUGUGGUGCACAUCGCCAGCGAGAUGGCGCCCAUUGCCAAGGUUGGCGGGCUGGCCGACGUGGUGACCUCGCUGGCCAAGGCGCACCAGGCCUCGGGGCUGCUCACGGAGGUCAUCCUGCCCAAGUACGACUGCAUCAACUACGCUGACGUGCACGAGCUGCGCCCCAUGUGCGAGGUGGAGGUGCCGUGGGGCCCGGGGGCGGGGGUGCGCACCGCGGUGUGGAGCGGCUGCGUGGAAGGACUGCCCGUCUACCUCAUCGAGCCGCACUGCAAGGAGCGGUACUUUUGGCGCGGCAAGUUUUACGGUGACGGUGACGACGGCGCUCGCUUCGCGUUCUUCUGCCGGGCGGCGCUGGAGUUCCUGGCUCGGCGGCAGCACGAGGCGCCCGACGUGGUGCACUGCCACGACUGGCAGGCGGCGGCGGUGGCCCCGCUGCUGAAGGAGACGUACCGCGCCUCCGUGCUGUGCCGCACUCGCCUGGUGCUCACCAUCCACAACCUGGCCUUCCAGGGGCUGGUCAGCGGCUCGCUGCUGCACCCCAUGGGCCUGGCGGCGCGGGCGGGGCAGCUGCUGCAGCCGGAGGUGAUGCACCACGCGGGGCCGCAGGGGGGCGCCAACAUGCACCAGGCCACCGUGAACCUGCUAAAGGGCGCCAUCGUGUACUGCGACCAGCUGACCACCGUGUCGCCCACCUACUCGCGCGAGGUGCUGGGGCCGGCGGGCGGCAUGGGGCUGCAGGGGGUGCUGGCGCGGCACCAGGGCAAGCUGACGGGAGUGCUGAACGGGCUGGAUUACGAGACCUGGAACCCCUCCACCGACCCCAGCCUGCCCGCCCACUACUCGGCAGAGGCCCCCGCAGCCAAGCGAGCAUGCAAGGCAGCCCUCUGCGCCGAACUGGGGCUUCCCUUCACGGGGGACUUGGAAGCAGCCCCUGCAGCCUCCCAUCCACACGCCAGCAACGGAAACGGCAACGGUAACGGCAGCCAUGACCACAACGGAAGUAGCAGCGGCCCUAGCAGCAGCGGCGUGUGGGGUCCCAACGGCCGGCCGCUGAUUGCGAUUGUGAGUCGUCUGACGGAGCAGAAGGGGCUGCAGCUGAUGAGUGCGGGCAUGCGGGCGGCGGUGGCGGAGGGGGCGCAGGUGGUGGUGCUGGGCACGGCGCCGGACCCCAAGGUCCAGCGGGAAUGGGAGGCGCUGUCCCGCGAGGUGACCCGUGGGUCGGAUGUGCGCAUAGUGCUGCGACAUGACGAGGCGCUCAGCCAUCGCAUCUUCGCGGGAUCGGACAUGCUUCUGGUGCCCUCCAUUUUCGAACCGUGCGGACUCACACAGCUCAUCGCGCUGCGCUACGGCACCAUCCCGGUGGUGCGGGAGACGGGCGGGCUAGCGGACACGGUGGCUGACGUGGCGCACGGCGGGGCGGGCG